UUAGACAGGACUUUCAUGAACAUUCAGUGACAUUGCAGCAAUUGGCAGAGUUGAGGAAAAAAAAUGACCUUUUCAUGAACUUCUAUGAAGAAGGCAAAUAAGCAAAGUGUGAGCUUCAAUGCUUUUGUCCAUGAAAACUCUUAGAGAAGAUGGCUGAUGUAAGCCUGAAGGAAGCAGCCCUAAUAGUUGGUGUGGUGGCAGCCUGCUACUGGAACAGUCUCUUUUGUGGCUUUGUUUUUGAUGAUGUUUCAGCGAUUUUGGACAAUAAAGAUUUGCAUCCUUCUACUCCGUUAAAAAAUCUAUUUCAGAAUGACUUCUGGGGCACUCCAAUGUCUGAGGAGAGGAGUCAUAAAUCUUAUCGUCCCCUCACAGUUCUUACGUUUCGCUUAAACUACUUGUUCAGCGAGUUAAAUGCAGUUUCUUACCACUUCCUAAAUCUGGUCUUUCAUGUGGUGGUUUGUGUAGUCUUCCUCAAGGUCUGUAAGCUUUUUCUGGACAACAGGAGCAGCGUGGUUGCAUCCUUGCUCUUUGCAGUGCACCCAAUACAUACUGAAGCGGUAACUGGAGUUGUUGGCAGAGCAGAGCUUUUAUCAUCUAUUUUUUUUCUAGCUGCUUUUUUGUCAUAUACAAAAUCUAAAGGGCCAGAUAAUACCAUAGUGUGGACUCCAAUUGCAGUGACUGUAUUUCUAGUAGCUGUUGCAACACUGUGUAAAGAACAAGGAAUAACAGUGGUGGGGAUAUGCUGUGUGUAUGAAGUAUUUAUUGCUCAAGGGUACACCUUGCCAGUGUUGUUGGACACAGCUGUACAGAUUCUUCGAGGGAAGGGCAGUAUUCCUUUCUCUAUGCUCCAAACACUGUUGAAGCUUAUAGUCCUAAUGUUUAGUACACUGCUGCUUGUAGUUGUCAGAGUCCAGGUUAUCCAGUCUCAACUUCCAGUGUUUACAAGGUUUGAUAACCCAGCUGCUGUUAGUCCAUCCCCAGCAAGACAGCUGACUUUCAACUACCUCCUCCCUGUAAAUGCUUGGCUUCUUCUCAACCCAUCAGAAUUAUGCUGUGACUGGACAAUGGGAACUAUUCCUCUCGUGGAGUCUUUGUUAGAUGUUAGAAAUAUUGCCACCCUUACCUUCUUUUGCUUUCUGGGAUCUUUGAUUGUCUUCAGUCUCCGAUAUCCUGGGGAUUCCUCCAAGACUGUAUUGAUGGCCCUCUGCUUAAUAGUGCUACCAUUCAUUCCCGCAUCAAACCUCUUUUUUCCUGUUGGAUUCGUAGUAGCAGAACGGGUGUUGUAUGUUCCUAGUAUGGGAUUCUGCAUUUUAGUAGCACAUGGAUGGAAGAAAUUAUCAAAUAAAAGUGUGCUAAGAAAAAUUUCUUGGGUUUGUUUGGCUACGGUACUGUUCACUCAUGCCUUAAAAACACUGCACAGAAACUGGGAUUGGGAGUCGGAGUACACAUUGUUUAUGUCAGCUUUAAAGGUAAAUAAGAACAAUGCAAAACUGUGGAACAAUGUGGGGCAUGCGUUAGAAAAUGAAAAGAAUUUUGAAAGAGCUCUGCAAUUCUUCAUACAAGCCACACAAGUCCAACCAGAUGAUAUUGGUGCCCACAUGAAUGUAGGAAGAACUUACAAAAACUUAAACAAAACUAAGGAAGCUGAAGAAUCAUAUAUGAUUGCUAAAUCAUUGAUGCCUCAGAUUAUUCCAGGUAAAAAGUAUGCAGCAAGAGUUGCUCCUAACCAUUUGAAUGUCUAUAUCAAUCUUGCAAACUUAAUUCGAGCAAAUGAAUCUCGCCUUGAAGAAGCGGAUCAAUUAUAUCGACAAGCAAUUAGUAUGAGGCCAGAUUUCAAGCAGGCUUACAUCAGCAGGGGAGAACUACUUUUAAAAAUGAACAAACCUCUGAAAGCUAAGGAAGCUUAUCUUAGAGCUCUAGAACUAGACAGAACCAAUGCAGACCUGUGGUACAACUUGGCAAUUGUUUACAUUGAACUCAAAGAUCCAACAGAAGCCCUGAAGAAUUUCAACCGAGCGCUAGAUCUCAACCCAACACAUAAACUGGCAUUAUUCAACUCAGCGCUGCUAAUGCAGGAAUCUGGUGAAGCUCGGCUUAGACCAGAAGCUAAACAAAGACUGUUACAUUACGUGAAAGAAGAACCACAGGAUGCAAAUGGGUACUUCAAUUUGGGUAUGCUGGCAAUGGAUGACAAAAAAGAUACGGAAGCAGAGGCAUGGAUGAAGAAAGCCAUAAGGUUACAGCCAAACUUCCGAAGUGCUUUGUUCAAUUUGGCACUGCUUUAUUCUCAGACAGGAAAAGAAUUGAUGGCUUUGCCCGUCCUGGAAGACCUACUGAGAUACUACCCUGAUCAUACCAAAGGUCUGAUUUUGAAAGGAGAUAUCCUUAUGAACCAAAAGAAGGAUAUUGUUGGAGCAAAGAUGUGUUUUGAGAAAAUUUUGGAACUGGAUCCCAACAAUGUACAAGGGAAGCAUAAUCUUUGUGUGGUUUACUUCGAAGAACGAGACUUGAUAAAAGCAGAGAAAUGUUUGGUUGAAACGCUAGCACUGGCACCUCAUGAAGAGUAUAUUCAGCGUCAUCUAAACAUAGUUAGAAGUAAAAUUGCAUCACUUGGUGCUACGGAGCAGUCAUCACUUCCAGCAGACGGAACUGCAGCUGCAGAAGAAAAAAAAAAAUCAUUUCAAAAUCUGAAAGAAGUAAAAAAUGAGCAGAAAACCACCCAAACAACAGUUGAUAACAAUAAAGGGCAAUCGGAAAAUAAGAAACGAACAGAGAAAAAACAUACGGACAAAGAGACUCCCAAAAAGUCUACAAAAGAAAUCAAAGACAUUGAGAAAAAGAGAGUUGCUGCUUUGAAAAGACUAGAAGAGAUUGAACGUAUAUUAAAUGGUGAAUAG